GCGGGAGCAGCGGAGGAAGGACCAGAGGGGCAGCCGGGAAGGAAAGCAGUGAGUAUAAAUACUCACCCUUCGACGCCAACGGCCAUUUUGAGUGCGAGCAGCAGCGGAGGUAAGACGGACCCGGAAGGUGAGGUAAAGCAGAGAUAAUGGGAACUGCAGAUGCUGGAGAUUCCAAGAUAAUAAAAUGUGAGGCUGGAUGAACACAGCAGGCCAAGCAGCAUCUCAGGAGCACAGGUAAGGUAAAGCAGUUUAUUUUUAAAAUUACUUACCGGUAGCGGGCAGCGGUGUUUUUCCUCUUUCAGAGAAGGAGCGGGAGCAGCAGAGGAAGUGACGAGGACCAGAGGGGCAGCCGGGAAGGAAAGCAGUGACCAUAUAUAUCAGCAAGGCGGCUAAAUCCGAGACUCUACAACUGUAGUGUCUCCCACCCACCCUCCUCCUCUAACCUAGUUAAUAAGGUACACCACUUCCAGGAUCGCGAAUGCCAUUGCUGCUGAGACCGACACCACAGACAUUACCGUCACUGCCACUGCCGCUGCCUACCCUGCUCCGCCCACCGCUGAUGCCACUUUGCCCAUCACGGACCCGGACACAACACCAUGCUCCACUAAAGCAACUCCACCCACCGCUGACACUGACGGAACUUCACCCACCGCUGAUGCCAACGCAACACCGCCCACAGCUGACGCCGGCACAACUCCACCCACCACCACCAACGCAAGCCCGCCCACCACUGACGCCACCCCGCCCACAGCCGACGCUGACAUCGCUCCGCCCACAGCCUCCACAGCCAACAGGUGCAGAGGAGACAGCCAAAGUGAGCCCUGCCGAAUCUUCACCAUCCCUCCCCGACCUCCCCCUGACUGAGGAUGAACGGUCAUUCUUUAGUAAAGGGCUCACCUUUGUCGCCCUCCACCCAAAUGUCAAUGAAUACCAGUCACGCCUGGACAUCGCAAGUUUUUCCGUCGCAUUCGCCUCCACACUUACUUCUUUAACCGUUAAGCCGAACCCUCCCUCCACUGACUGCUUCUCCCACCUCCAACACAAGUCCUCCUCCUGGACACCACUAGGCAGGAGAAUCGGGUUGAGAGACAUAUCAGCCAUGAUCAAAUGGCAAGGCAGACUCGAUGGACCAAGGCACACUCUCUGAUGAAGGGUCUAGGCCCGAAACGUCAGCUUUUGUGCUCCUGAGAUGCUGCUUGGCCUGCCGUGUUCAUCCAGCUUCACAAUUUGUUAUCUUGGAUUCUCCAGCAUCUGCAGUUCCCACUAACACUUCCAGUUUAACUAUGUCGUUCCUAUAACAGGGUGACCAGAACUGUAGACAAUACUCCAAGUGCAACCACACCAACGACUUAUACAACUGAAAUAUAAUGUCCCAACUUCCACAUUCAAUGCCUUGACCAAUAAAGGCCAGCAUGUUAAAUGCCUUUUUCACCACCCUGUCUGUCUGUGAUGCCACUUGCAACGAAUUAUGUACUUGUGAUCCUAGGUCCCUCUGUUCCACAACACUCCUCAGAACCUUACCAAUUACUGCAUAAGUCCUCAACUUCAACUUUCCAAAUAUUGACUGGGAACACUACAGUUUGAAUACUAUGGAUGGGUCAGUUUUUGUCCAGUGUGUGCAGGAGGGCUUCCUGACACAGUAUGUAGACAGGCCAACAAGGAGCGAAGCCACAUUAGAUUUGGUACUGGGUAAUGAGCCCAGCUAGGUGUUAGAUUUGGAAGUAGGUGAGCACUUGGGUGAUAGCGAUCACAAUUCUGUUAUGUUUACUUCAGUGAUGGAAAGGGAUAGGUGUAUACCACUGGGUAAGAGUUAUAGUUGGGGGAAAGGCAAUUACAAUGAGA